CUCCUGCCCGUGACACGCAGCUCCUGCACGCCCUGCCUCUCAGCUGACUCGCCGGUCACAUGAUUUCAGAUUUUGCCCGGUAGAGGAAGCAGGGUAGCAGCUCAAGUUACUCGUUCUCGUAUGCCCCCUGGCAGAGGCAGCCCCAGACCUCCUGCACCAUGGCGUGGACCUCGUAUCAACUUCUCCUGGCGGGGAUGAUGCUCGUCACCGGCUCCAUUAAUACGCUGUCAGCUAAGUGGGCAGACAACUUUGAAGCAAAGGGAUGCAAAGACUCCUCGUCUCACCAGUUCCAGCACCCGUUCCUACAGGCGGUCGGCAUGUUCUUAGGAGAGCUCUCCUGUCUGGCGGUCUUCUACAUACUGGUGUUUAGAGACCGCCGCGCUCCGGAGCCCACCCUAUCGGCUUCACAACCAUUCAACUCCCUGCUCUUCCUCCCCCCGGCUCUUUGUGACAUGACGGGGACCAGCAUCAUGUAUGUGGCUCUGAACAUGACCAGCGCCUCCAGCUUCCAGAUGCUGCGCGGGGCGGUCAUCAUCUUCACGGGUCUGCUGUCGGUGGCUUUCCUGGGCCGGAAGCUGGAGUGCAGCCAGUGGGUCGGCAUUUUGGUCACCAUCGCCGGGCUGGUGGUUGUCGGCCUGGCGGAUCUGCUAAGCGGCCCAACCAGCGGGAAGAGCCUCAGUGACGUCAUUACGGGUGACCUGCUCAUAAUCAUGGCUCAAGUGAUUGUCUCCAUCCAGAUGGUUCUAGAAGAGAAAUUUGUCUACAAGCACAACGUGCACCCGCUCCGAGCCGUGGGCACCGAGGGUUUCUUUGGCUUCAUUAUCCUCACUUUGCUGUUGAUUCCUUUCUACUACAUCCCAGCAAGUGACUUCAGCAACAAUGACCGUGGGGUCCUUGAAGAUUCCUUAGAUGCCUUCUGCCAAAUGGGCAACCAGCCCCUGAUUAUCGUAGCUCUCCUGGGGAACAUCAGCAGCAUCGCCUUCUUCAAUUUCGCCGGGAUCAGCGUAACGAAGGAAAUCAGCGCGACCACCCGAAUGGUCCUGGACAGCCUGAGAACCGUCGUGAUCUGGGUGGUCAGCCUCGCGGUGGGAUGGGAGAAGUUCCACGCUCUGCAGAUCUUGGGCUUUAUCGUUCUCCUGGUGGGAACCGCUCUUUACAACGGCCUUCACAAGCCCCUGAUGUGCCGCAGGUGUCGGGAAGAGAGUGAUGAGACUCAGAGCCUCCUACGUGGAGAACAGACGGCCAUCAACGCGGAAUGUUGAUAUUAAGCAGGGGAUUCUACGCGAUACAAGAGAACUGUGUUCGGAACUCAUGGGCGUAUUCACUCAGACAUAUUUUAAGGCCAACCUUGGCCCAGUCAGCACAAAAAUACUAAAGUUUUUGCUUGGUUACCGUAUUCUAGCCUACAUCGGCUAAGCUGAGGCCUAGUCCGGCAGGUCCAGGCAGACCCCACCCCCUACGACGCCAAAAUAGGGGGCAUCUUGCCCUCAUGUCCCGCUGCUCAAUGAGACCGGAGAUCCUUGAUCUUCCGUCUCUACCCUUAACUCCACCCGCUGCUUUCGUGGGUGCUCUGCGUCAUAGAGCGCCAGGGUAUGAUGUCAUAUCCCAGCGCCCCGCAGCAUAGACGACGGCCAUGGAAGGGCCAGCUGGGGGCCGAGGUAAAUACGCCACUGACUGUGAUCCAAGCGUUUUCUUGUUUACUUUAUAUUAUAUAUGUAAAAAAAAAAAUUAAGGGAAUUUAGGCAAAUGCCCGGGAAAUUCUUCGCGGGGCAAAUUAUAAAUAGUAUUUUACGAUUUUUUAAUGAAACGGGUUUUCUGCGUUUAGAUAAAGUUUUUCGUUUAGUAACAUAUGUUUUAGCAACGUUUACACCAAAAAUAACCCAAAGGGUUGGAAUGCAGACUCGAGGAAGAAGGGCGGAAAAAAUCUGGGUGAAAUAAGCAUUGAGUUGUGGCUCUCUUUACUGAGAGAGUGGUGGAUAGCUGGAACCGCCUCCCAGCAGAAGUGGUAGAGGGUAAUACAGUGAGGGUAUUAAACAUGCAUGGGAUAGACAUACGGCUCCUGAAUCUAAGACGAGACUGACGACUGGUGCACUUCUGCUGGGAGGCUGUUCCGCUUAUCUAUGACAUCUACGCAUGUCACCCGUGACCAUGAAUGCAUUAAUAAUCAGUAAAGGUUUUCCGCGUGUCUGGAGAUGUUUUUUUCAUGAGCCGGGUCCGCGGUGCUCACGUGUAACGCAAACGUUCUCACACUGAUUAUUGUAAUUUUGUAAGAACUCGCACUAUUGCAUCGUCUGCUCGAUUAUAUGAGCGUUCAUCGUCAUGGCAACUGUCAAUAACUGUCAAUAAAAAGGAUUUCAAGGGAA